AUAUAUGAUCAGUUAGUUGAUCACCGGCCACUCUCCUUCCCUUGACCUGCAGAGUUGCAGUCUGUCUGUCCUGCCGUCCAUACAGCAACAGCAACACGGACUACAGGAGACGGAGUUACUAGUAACACUCGGUUUAGUGCUCAGAUCGUGAGGAGUCGAUCCGAAAACCCAAGAUUCAAAUUUGAUUCAGAAGCGUGACAAUGUCAGUUAGCCAUGCCGAGGAGCUCGAGAUAUCGCCGUGCGACCCCAACUCCGAGGACGACCGGCGGCGGCGCGGGAUGGGGUCGCUGCGGCGGAAGGCCAUCCACGCGCUCCGGAAGCGCGGCAGGCGGCGGCGCGUCGACUUCCGGUACCCGGCGGCCAUGUCCAUCGAGGACGUCCGCGACGCCGAGGAGGAGCUCGCCGUCGCCGCGUUCCGCGACCGCCUCGCCGCGCACGGCCUCCUCCCCGACAAGCACGACGACUACCAUAUGAUGCUAAGGUUUCUGAAGGCAAGGAAGUUUGAUUCUGAGAAGGCGAUGCAAAUGUGGGCAGAGAUGCUGAGAUGGAGGAAAGAGUUUGGAGCCGACACGAUCUUGGAGGAGUUUGAGUUCGAUGAACUCGACGACGUGCUCCGGCACUACCCCCAGGGCUACCAUGGUGUUGAUCGGGAAGGCCGGCCGGUGUACAUCGAGAGGCUCGGCAGGGUCGAUCCGAACAAGCUGAUGCAGAUCACCACGGUGGACCGGUACAUCAAGUACCAUGUGCAGGAGUUCGAGAGGGCUUUCAGGGAGAAGUUCCCGGCUUGCACAUUGGCAGCCAAGAGGCACAUUGAUUCCACAACCACCAUACUGGAUGUCCACGGUGUGGGGCUGAAGAAUUUCUCAAAGACUGCAAGGGAGCUUGUUCACCGUAUGCAGAAAAUUGACAGUGACUACUAUCCUGAGACAUUACAUCAGAUGUAUGUCGUGAACGCGGGUAGUGGCUUCAAGCUGAUAUGGAACAGUAUGAAAGGGUUUCUUGAUCCAAAAACUUCUUCCAAGAUACAUGUUCUUGGCACAAAUUAUCAGAGCAAACUUCUUGAAGUAAUUGACAAAAGUGAAUUACCGGAGUUCCUUGGCGGUUCAUGUGUAUGUAGUGAAGUUGGUUGCCUUGGUUCGAACAAAGGGCCAUGGAAUGAUCAUGUCAUUUUGAAGCUGAUACACAGUAUGAGGAGUAGUAGUAGUAUGAGGGAAAUAAAGCAGGUUUCUGAUAGCGAAGAUAGAAGCGGAUCUUCCCUAAGGGCAGAAAAAUUGAAGGGGUUGAUUAGUGAUGUAUCAAAUUGUGAAUCAGAGUCAGAUAUUGAUGAGUUCAGUUUAUCAGCAGUUCAGAGGGGUACUGACUACAGUUUCCUUACUCCUGUUAGCGAAGAAGUUAAGGGAUCAGAUUCUUCAACUUUCUGUAGCUGCGAGUCUUGUGACAGAAAGGGUCUCCCAGAUGUAACUCCUGAAUCUUCUCAGACUGUACAACAAUCUUCAGAAAUGGUGCCAGAACAACUCAACUCUCAUAGGCAUUCAUCCACCAUCGAACAGAUAAAUAAUUUAGGGAACACUGCAAUUAUUUUGCAUGGCACUCUGACUGGAAGGACUGUUGGGAAUUUUAUUAGGGGAGUAGGCAUACUCAUGAUCAAGAUACUAUGCUUCUUCAGCCUUUUUGUCAGUUGGCGAGUAAACAUGCAAGAAAAUGACCAUCCUUCGAAUGCAACAGGGAAUCCACAGCCUCAAAGUGCAAUGGAAGAUGGCAUCAGUGCUUGUUUACAACGUCUUGAAAAGCUUGAGUCAUUAGGCAAUCAUCUUGCGAGCAAACCUCCGGAUAUGCCAAAGGAGAAAGAGCAUCUAUUGCUACAAUCUUUUGAUCGGAUAAAAUCCAUUGAAGCGGAUCUAGAAAGGACUAAGAGAGUGUUGCAUAUGACCCUGGUCAAGCAGAUGGAAAUGAUGGAGACUUUGGAAGCAAUGCAGCAGAUGCAGUCUUCCAGUGUCAGGAGGAGACUGUGCUGUUCAUAGGGAAAAAAAGGGUUGUGCUUCUAUGGUGACUAGCUGACUAGAGCUAGCCUUGAGCAACUGUGAAGAGUGAAGCUGCAGCCUGCAAAUGCCAUUUUUGAGUUCUGACUCGCGUUCUUCAGCCUUGUGCAGAGGAAGAACAUCGCUCGCGCAGCUCUUUCGCUGGCUUGCUGCAUGGCAGCACGUCAAUCCGUUUUUGUAGCUGUUGAUCUUAGCAAGAACCCCCUUUUAGCUCCUCCCUGAACAUUACCAAUGGCCAAAUGACAUUCAGUGCUGCAUUUGUCAGCAGCAGCAAUAGCUCUCUCAUCGGAGGAUUGAAGGGAGAAUCUGAUGUUACAUUGUCUGAAAAAAAAUGUGUGAUCUCUAUGCUGAAAGUACAUGUCUUCAUCACGGCUAGGCUUCUGCCUGUGCUAAUCUCCAUGCAAGCUAUUUGUUCUUCUGCAAUGGAAAGGGUCGUUCUGUUGCUUGAUUGCUUCUGUACUUGAGUCGAGACGCUUUUACGACAUGCACAUAUAUAAGAGCUGUCAUGAUGCAUGUUGAAUUGCCAGGUCAAUCUCUUUCUGAACAGUCUAGUUAAAUCUGAAAUGUCUGAAUAAUUUGUAGUUGAGUUGAUGCUGUAAAAAGAACACCUUUUUCACAAGCUGAACAACCCUCUGAAUCCAGU